AUGAUCGUGUUGUGGGUUACGCUCCUUCUUCUCCAUCAAGGAUAUACACUUGUUCCAGUAACUACAGUUCAACUUGGGGAAACUGUCACCAUCCCAUGUAAUCUGCCAGCGAUUCAGACCAUUCGUAAAGAAGUCCACUGGUACAAGCAGAGUGCCGGGGACACUCUGAAAGUAAUUUGGACAAUGAGGGAAUCUGCAACACCUAAGUUUGCACCUGAGUUUAAUAACUCCAGACUGAAGGUAAAUCAAAAUAAACACUUUACCAACCUGACCAUUUUGAAGACAAAUCAAGAGGAUGAGGGAAUGUAUCACUGUGGAUCCACAGAAUGGCGUAAGAAUACUGAAUGGACCGGGACGUAUUUGUUGGUAAAAGGAAACACACAGAGAACAUCAAACUACACUUUUGUUGAGGAGAAAGUCCAUCCAGGAGACUCUGUGACUCUUCAGUGUUCAGUCCUCUCCAGCUCUAACAGAAAGACAUGUCCAGGAGGUCACAGUGUGUUCUGGUUCAGGGAAGCAAAUACAUCUCAUCCUGGCAUCAUAUACACCUAUGGAAACAGACAUCAUGAAUGUGAGAAAAGAUCUGAAAAUGAGCAGACUUGUGUUUAUCGCUUGUCUAAGAACAUCAGCUCCUCUGAUUCUGGGACUUACUACUGUGCCGUGGCCACAUGUGGAGAAAUAUUAUAUGGAAAUGGAACAAAACUGGACAGUCGAGGUACCUGUGAUUACAUUAAUGAAAGAUAA